AGAGGCCCUCCAUUGAGAAGAUGGAGAGGACCGUCUCCGACAGUGAAUACCAUCGCAAUAUGACGAGACGGAUAUUAUGGAAGAUGGACACAAGGGUUCUGCCUGUCCUUUCCCUCCUCUUUCUCUGCUCGUUCCUCGAUCGAGCCAACGUCGGCAACGCCAGAAUUAUCGGUCUUGAAAAGGAUCUUAACCUCUCCAAUACCCAGUACGCGCAGGGUCUGGCAGUCUUCUAUGCCACAUACAUUGCGAGUGAACUUCCGAGCAAUCUGCUCCUAAAAAAAGUUACGCCCAAGAUCUGGCUGCCCCUGCUCACCAUCGUCUGGGGCGUUAUCACCAUGUGCUUAGGAUUCGUAAAGAACUUUGGAAGCUUCAUCGGCGUGCGAGCCCUGUUGGGCAUCGCCGAGGGCGGCCUCUUCCCCGGGAUUGUGCUCUAUCUUUCCGGCCUAUAUACCCGCCAGGAGAUGGCGCUGCGAAUGGGUAUCUUCUACACGGCUGCCUCUUUGUCGGGUGCAUUCGGUGGUCUUUUAGCGCGGGGGCUUUCUGCUAUUGGUCCACGUGGUGGGUUGGAGGGUUGGAGAUGGAUUUUCAUCAUCGAAGGGUUGAUGACCAUACUGGCAGGUCUGGUGGCAUAUCUCCUGCUUCCAAUCAGUGUAACUACUGCUCCCUACCUGACCGAGGAGGAGAAGGAAUACGCUGCGAGGAGGCUCCAAGGAGACACUGGCGCAGACACCGCGGAUAGGACCAAUCACGUUCUGGAACGAGAGGAAAGGUUCAAGUGGUCUGAAGUUCACCGUGGCGUCUUCAACCUUCAAGUUUGGCUAACAGCUACCGCGUAUUUUUCCCUCGGGGCGGGGCUUUACAGCUUUGGUCUCUUUCUCCCAACCAUUCUCAACGAUCUGAAGAUCACAUCCAACCCCAACCAGACCCAACUGUGGUCGGUUAUCCCAUACGCAGUUGCCACCCCAGUCACAGUUCUCAUUGCAUUUGCCUCUGAUCGCCUCAAACUCAGGGGCGUCAUGAUGCUCUUCACUGUUCCCAUUGCCAUCAUUGGCUACGCCGUUAUUGCCAAUGUCGUUUCGGCCCAUGUUCGCUUUGCUAUGACAUCCUUGAUGGCGAUCGGCAUGUACAGCAGCAUACCAUGCAUUCUCGUUUGGAACUCCAACAAUUCUGCUGGGCACUACAAGCGAGCUACCACUUCAGCUUUGCAGCUUGUUAUUGGAAACGCGGGCGGUUUCGUGGCUACUUUUGUUUAUCCUCCAAAGGAUGGACCUUUGUAUCACAGAGGGCACACGAUCCUCCUUGGCCUGCUGGUUUAUGCUUGGUUUGCGGUCCUCGCCAAUGUGCUUUGGUGCAACAAGAUCAACAAGGACAAAGCCGCUGGGAAGUAUGAGAAAUACGAAGGCUGUGGGGACGACAGAGACCCAGCUUUCAAGAUGAUCCUAUGA